AUGAUAAACAAUGUGCAGGAUCAGUCUGAAGGGACCACUACACUGAAUCUUGCCAGGGGCAGUUUAAGCAAAGGCAGCCCUCCACGUUCAACAGGUUCAUCCGGGAGCUGGACAUCUCGGGAGAACCAUAACACGCCAUUAGACCCAGACGUAGGGAAUGAACAAUCAAGCCUACAAUUAUUGGGAAAUGUUGGUUUACUUGAGUUUUUGGAAACAGAUGAGCGCCCCACGUUUGUUAUAGACGUGGCCAAUGCAGUCAAUUUCCACCCGGGUGGCCCCCUGCAGAUUAUCUUCGCAAAUGCAUCUCUGCGUGCCCAUGAAUCAAUAUUUGAUAUGAUCACAAUGAAAGCUGGUCUGGACUCCCCUGGCAUUGACGCCACAAAUAAUUUUACUGAAUUCAAAGCGUGGGCCUUAAGCUUUGUAAAGAAUAACGAAUCCUUGGAUGUCUGUCUCCCGUCCUUUCCUUUUGGAGGUAUCACCUGGACUUGUUCAACGCUCCGGAAGCGGUUUCGUCUUAUAAGCCGUACGAGUAACAGCGUUAUAACCACCGCUAGAUCAGCAUCCUCGAACGGAGCACUGUCUACUCCGUCAACUCAGCGUUCUCCUUUGGAUGCCUCUGCACAGCAGCUUGAUUCAAGUUCACCAGAGGAAUUGAACAUGGCGAGUUCUCCUAGACAGUCUAUACGGGAAUCUAAGAGUGACGUCAGUGCGAAUGAAAUGAUCAAUGCCCAGGAAUUGGCAGACUCGUCUUUUGACUGGACUCGACUUCGUGUGUCCUCUGCGCUUCCUGAACACAUCCAAUUUGCCCGAAGCAUAGACUGGGCUGCAACGCCUCUUGGUCCAAUCGAUACCUGGACCUCCGACUUGAGAGCAAUGUGUAAUCUCAUAAUGGGAAGUCCGCAUCCGGCAGCGCUGUAUUGGGGCAAUGAAUAUAUUUCUAUUUAUAAUGAAUCCUAUAAACAACUGGCAGGACAAAGGCAUCCAAAAAUGAUGGGCCAAAACUACAAGUUCGCAUGGGCCGAAAUGUGGGAUACUUUCAAGGAUGUGUUUUCCAACGCCAUACAGUUCGGUCAGGCAACCAUGAAGGACGAUGAUUGUCUAUUCCUCAAAAGGAACGGAUUACUAGAAGAGACUUAUUUCACUUGGGCAAUAGCUCCUCUUGUGGGUGCAGAUGGAUCAGUCGUUGGGCUUUACAAUCCUGCAUUCGAAAGGACGGACCGCAUAAUCGCCGAACGAAGGAUGUUAACUCUGAGGGAAGUUUCAGUGAGGACUGCAACUGCGCGUGAAGUGAAAGGCGUUUGGGAUCAGGUAAUCAAGGGACUCGAAUAUAAUGUAUACGAUCUUCCCUUCGUGCUCCUCUAUUCCAUAAGUGAAACCUCUGGAAAUGAACCGAGUUCCAUACGCUCUGGUUCGCUGGGAGUGGCCCCUCGAUGUACACUCGAAGGCAGUCUGGGGGUUCCUCAAGGUCACAGAUUGACUGAGAGCCCGCUGGAUCUGAAAACGAGCGAUGAGGGGCUUGCACCUCGCCUUCGAGAGGCGAUGAAGACCGACGGAUCUGUGCUUUUAACGACUGAAGAUGGAACUUUGUCGAACGAUCUUAUCGAUGGCCUUGAGUGGCGAGGCUGGCCUGCUCCUUGUCGUGCCGCGGUCAUCCGUCCAAUUCAUUCUACAACUGGAGAGUCUAUACUUGGUUUCCUGGUCAUGGGGGUCAACCCUAGACGACCUUACGAUGAUGAUUAUAGCUCAUUUGUCGAGCUCCUCAGUCAUCAGCUUACUACUUCAAUUGAAGGUGCGAUGUUAUUCGAGGAUCAAAUCCGUCGGGGUCAGCGUGCGGCUCGUCUGGCUGCCCUGGAUCGUCAAGAGCUAUCGAAACAGCUCGAUUUGCGCACUCAAGAGGCUGUAGAGAGCGAAACCAAGUUUACACGCAUGACAGAGUUCGCACCCGUCGGGAUGUUCAUUGCGAAUUCCUCUGGGGAAAUAUCAUAUAGUAACGAUGCUUGGUGGGAGAUCUCCAAACACCCCAGAGCAGACAAUAGUGCCGGCACAUGGAUGGAAAGCAUCAUCGACGAAGAUCGUGAAGAGGUGCGCACUGUCUGGAAGAAGCUUGUAGAAGAAAGGGUCCCUGUGACCCAUGAAUUUCGUUUUAAGACUUUGUGGCAAGAUCGUAGUGGCACUCGAGGAAAUACUUGGGUCCUCAUGAGUGCUUACCCUGAGAGGGACGAGAACGGAAAACUUAAGAGUGUCUUCGGGAGUAUCACGAAUAUUUCACAGCAAAAAUGGGCCGAAGACUUUCAAAAGCGACGACUGGAAGAAGCCUUCGAAUUAAAACGCCAGCAGGAAAACUUUAUUGACAUGACUUCACACGAGAUGCGGAACCCACUAUCCGCCAUCCUGCAGUGCGCCGAUGAAAUUAGCACAACACUCUCUGAAUACCGAUCAAGCGAUGGGGAGGCGAACUCGUCUCAAAAAAUUGCAGAUUUGCUGGACAGUAGCAUUGAUGCUGCAGAAACCAUCUCUCUCUGCGCCCAGCAUCAGAAACGCAUCGUUGAUGACAUCCUUACGCUAUCCAAACUCGACUCGGCGCUCUUGAUUGUUACCCCUGUCGCAGUGCAGCCGGUUGCCGUCGUCCAGCGAGCGCUCAAGAUGUUCGAGGGAGAACUAGCUUCUAAUGACAUCGCUAUGGAGUUCCGGAUGGAGAUGUCUUACUUGGACAUGAAUAUCGACUGGGUCAAGCUUGAUCCUUCACGACUUCUUCAAGUUUUGAUAAAUCUUACUACCAACGCCAUAAAGUUUACCAAUGGACAAGAUGAACGAGCCAUUGUAGUCACUAUUGGCGCGAGUAGUGCACCCCCAAAUGGCACUGAUUCCGAUGUCGACUACUUCCCAACCCGUUCGAAGCAUACUGAUCUGACCAUUGACGAAGCGGAAUGGGGUAAAGGUGAGAAUAUUUAUCUAAAAUUUGCAGUUCAAGAUACUGGGCGUGGGCUCGACGAAAGUGAAAUGGCCCUCCUGUUCCAACGCUUCCGUCAGGCGUCCCCUCGUACGCAUGUACAAUACGGAGGCUCUGGGUUGGGAUUGUUCAUCUCUAGAGAGCUCACGGAAUUGCAAGGCGGCGAAAUCGGUGUCUCGUCAGAGAGGGGAAUUGGCAGUACCUUUGCCUUCUACAUCAAAGCUCGGAGGGUCGAGCAUAUGCCGCAGCAGACCCCUAUCCUCGCGUCUCUCAACUCCUUGCGCAGAAGCUCUACAAAUGAUGCCUCAGUCUCGUUCACUAUCGAAAGUAGACGCAAUUCUUCCGGCAAGCCUGUUCAAUUAUCAAACACAUCUGGAAAGAUAAGACGCACAUCUGCGCUUACUUCAACCUCGUUUCCAAGUCUGCCUUCGGCUUCCACGCUGGACUAUAGUAAAUUGAAAGUGCUCAUCGUGGAAGACAACUUAGUGAACCAAAGAGUCCUUCAAAAGCAGUUGCGGAACCUUGGAUUCAAUGUUGAGGUUGCGAAUCAUGGUGGCGAAGCGCUCGAAGUCCUCAAGAAUUCACGGCUCUGGGCAGGUCGAGAGGAAGAUGGCAAAGAGCUUGCAGUUAUCUUGAUGGAUCUGGAAAUGCCAGUCAUGGACGGCCUAACAUGCGCCCGCACGAUCCGAGUUCUGGAAGGAGAGGGGACGAUCAUCAAGCAUGUCCCCAUAAUAGCCGUGACAGCCAAUGCUCGCCUGGAGCAGAUUGAAAGCGCCAUCUCCGCUGGCAUGGAUGAUGUCGUCUCGAAACCUUUCCGGAUGCCAGAAUUGAUACCCAAGAUCGAGGAUUUGGUAGCCAAGAGUAAUGAUACAACUCCUUGGGGAUCUAUGCCUGCCAAAUAUUCCGCAGCAGGCUCUUCUACAUGA